GUAUGGACGCUCAUUUGCUCAGUGAGCGCGGCAAACCGCCAUCAUUAAAACUAAACUAUAACCAGAACAGCUUUGGCAACUGAUAAAACUAAUCAUCUCCUUCACUGUUACCGAAACACAUGGCGUCAACAAAUAAGGGCCAGUUACAGAGCAGGAAUCUACCAUGGGUUGAAAAAUACAGACCUCAAUCGCUUGAUGAUUUGAUUUCACACAAAGAUAUUCUGAGCACCAUCCAGAAAUUCAUCAGUGAGGAAAAGCUUCCCCACCUGUUGUUCUACGGCCCCCCUGGAACGGGAAAGACGUCCACGAUCCUGGCCUGUGCAAGGCAGCUCUACAAGGACAAAGAGUUUAACUCCAUGGUGUUGGAGCUCAACGCAUCAGAUGACAGGGGGAUUGACGUCGUCCGAGGUCCUAUUUUGAGUUUUGCCAGCACCAGGACUAUUUUCAAAAAGGGAUUCAAGUUGGUGAUACUGGAUGAGGCCGAUGCUAUGACCCAGGAUGCCCAGAAUGCAUUGCGACGAGUCAUUGAGAAGUUCACAGAAAACACUCGAUUCUGCCUCAUCUGCAACUACUUGUCCAAGAUCAUCCCAGCCCUGCAGUCUCGCUGCACCAGGUUCCGCUUCGGCCCUCUGUCUCCGGACCAGAUGAUCCCUCGACUGGAGCACGUUAUCCAGCAGGAGAACAUUGAUGUCAGUUCAGACGGAAUAAAGGCCAUUGUCACUUUAUCGUCAGGUGAUAUGAGAAGAUCACUCAACAUCCUGCAGAGCACCAGUAUGGCGUAUGAGAAGGUCACAGAACACACAGUGUAUACCUGCACAGGCCACCCACUCCGCUCAGACAUGGCCAACAUCCUGGACUGGUGCCUCAACAAGGACUUUACUUCAGCUUAUAAACAAAUUCUGGAGCUGAAGACUUUGAAGGGUUUGGCUCUGCAUGAUAUUCUCUCUGAGGUGCAUCUGCUCAUCCACAGAGUGGACUUUCCUCCAGCUAUUCGGAUUGGCCUGCUGAUCAAGUUAGCUGAUAUAGAAUAUCGGCUGGCCUCAGGAACGGAUGAAAAGAUCCAGCUGAGCUCUAUGGUUGCAGCUUUCCAGGCAGUCAGAGACAUGGUGGUCAGUGAAGCCUCUUAAGAGCUGACGUCUGGGGAAAUUAGGGCUCAUCAUAGCUCUAAAGCAAAAUUGGCAAGUAGAUCACGUGGCUGCAUCCCAAAUUAGACCAAAAAAGACUGACGGCCUUGAUUGUGAGAAAUAAUGCAACAAAAGUGCUUUUCAGUCAUGACCUCUGUGUCAAAUGCAGAAUCACUCACAGGAAUAAAAUGAUAAUCUUCUAGCAUGAUUGUCCACCUCUCUAUCAGUGCAGCAAUGUUCGCCAAUCAAAUGCCAGUCUGAGUCACUUACAUCUAUGUACAAACUGAGCCCAACAUUUGUAACUAGAGCAGCAUAGUUAAAACUGGUUCAUGUUACCAUAAAAUCCAUCAUUGUGAGAAAAGAAAAUCAGACAUGUAAAUGUUUCCUUUUCUAUCUGUUUAAUAAAACCUUGUUCUUUAAAUCCA